UGUGGCGCGAGUUCAAUAUGGCGAAGCAGCCAGUCGUCUGCUCGCUUCAGAUCUGGCGAGUCGGGCAGGCAGGCAGGUCCUGGCAGUGCCGUGUUGUCUUGUGAGGGGCCAGUGAACGAGGCCUAAGUUUUAUUUGUCUUCGCGUGGGACAAUCAUUUCUACAUACAACAAUCAUGUCGAUUUCGACUGUUAAGCUAAGCCGAACUGACGGGACCCCUUGGGGCUUCAGGCUACAGGGUGGCAAAGAUUUUGCUACACCUCUCUGUGUCCAAAAGGUGAAUGCCGGCUCAUUGGCGGCUGUGGCGGGGCUGCAGGCUGGGGACGCCAUCGUUAGCAUCGGAGGUAGAGAUGCCCUCGCCCUCAGGCACAAGGAGGCUCAGGAGGCCAUCGUGAGGGCAGGCAACAACUUCGACCUCGUGAUCCAAAGGGGUUCCCAGGUGUGGCGGCCGCAGGUGACGCCUUUGGCCCAAGUAAAGACGACUCCAGAGGGCGUACCGGUAGCCACUAACACUUCUCUUGCUGCCAACAAGAAGCCCGUGCGUCACAUCGGCUCCAACCACAACGUGGUGGCGCGCCCCUUCCCCGGCUUCACGGGGUCCCAGCCCACCUACACACCCGGCUCCACCAUCAUCAGAAGUCCCCUCUCUAACAGUUCAGAGGAGAUGGCUGGGGCAUCCCUCAGCGGCGCCUCCUCCAGGAGCACAUCAGGUAGCACUAGCCCCAGCGGGUUCCUGACCAGCACCUCCCCAACCAUUUCCCUAAACAAAGAGAACGCGAAGAACUUCCUCAAGAUGACGCUCGACAAGGAAAAUGUAAACACAAUCAAUGUGCACCAGACGGCGCGCGGCGUCAGCCCAAAAUCCAGCAGCAGCACAGAAAACCUCUUCAGCGCCUCCUUCACACACAACAGCGGUCCAGGCCACCAGCGAAAGUACUCCCUAGCCAGCAACGCCUCCUCCAGUAGUUCCGAGGCCGAUCACGACGCCCUCACGCGCAGGAAUAACGAACAUGUUGCUCCGGUAGGCGUCAAACACAACGUGAAGGCGCGUCCGUUUGCUGAGGUGAAUGGACAGCAGAUCGUGAACGCCCAGUACAACACGCCCCUGCAACUGUACAGCGAAGACAACAUCGCCGAGACCCUGUCUGCCCAAGCCGAAGUGCUGGGGAAGGGAUGCCUCGGCAUCAACUUCAAGAAGUACGCGAAGGAGGCUAAGAUCCAAACAGAGUCUCCCACGUACAAACUUAUCCACGGAGACCUUGACGACCGGAAGUCUCGACAACCUGCCUACCUCCCCUUCAACAAGGAGGUUGAGCCUCCUCCCGAGUUUCCACGACCGAAGCCAUCGGCGGCCCGGCAGGCCCCGGCCCCGGCCGCGGCCCCUGCCCCUGCCCCUGCCCCUGCCCCGGCUCCGGCCCCGUCCCAGCCAGACAGCCCCGCGGGUAGCGCCGGGCCCGCUACAGGCUUCCGCAGCGUGCGUGCCCCGGAGACCAAGGUGCGGGCCCCGGGAGAGCCUAGCCCCUCACAAGCCACCAAGUGUUCCGAAUGUGAACGGCCCAUUACCGGAGUGUUCGUCCGCGUAAAGAAUAAGAGUCUGCACGCUGACUGCUUCAAGUGCGCCACGUGUGGCUCCUCCCUCAAGAAUGUCGGCUACUACAACAUCAACGAGAAGCUGUACUGCGACGUGCAUGCCAAGCAGGCUGCCCGCCACCACCCACCUGCCCCUAACAUGGAUCCCAUCAUCGUGAAGCCAGGUGCUCCAACACCUUCGGGAGCCCUGCCUGCCUCUGCGGUCAAGGCCGCCGCUCCCUACAAGCCUCCUGCAGGCGGUAUCAGGAUGAUGCCCUCGGCCCCGGCACCAGCCCCAGCACCCAUGCCCAAGUUCACCCCGAUAGCCCCGCCGAAGCCCUACAAGCGUCCAGUGGGCGGAAUGAGGAUGAUGCCCUCAGUCCCGGCACCAGCCCCAGCACCCAUGCCCAAGUUCACCCCGAUAGCUCGACCGAAGCCGGAGCCCGUGGUGGCUGCCCCAGAACUCCCACCACCUCCUGCGCCCGAGCCCGUCCUACCGCCUCAGCCCGUAGAGGUGGAGGCCCCCGAACCUGAACCCGUGCCUGCCGAGCCAGAGCCUGUCGUGGCCCCGCCCACACCCCCGCCAGUCAUGACUCCGCCCCCGGCUGUUCCAGCCGAGGCCGAGGCCGAGGCCCCGGCCCCGGCUCCUGAGCCAGAGGUGGAGAUUGCUCCAGCACCCAUCGAGGUCCUGCAAGAACCCAUAUUUCAGCCAGAGCCAGAGCCCGAACCGGAGCCUGCGCCCGAGGCCCCGGUUCCGGAACCACUCCCUUCUGAAGAGCCAGCGCUGCCGUCUGAAGCUGAAGCCCCUCCUACUGAUCUAGUAUCUGAACCUCAGACCACAGAGGCUAUACCAGAGCCACAACCUGAACCACUGGUUAACGGAACAGCUUCUCCUGAGCUUGAACCAGCAGCCCCUGAGGCUGUACAAGAACCUGAAGUGGCGCCAGAGCCGCAAGUGGAACCAGAACCUGAGAUAACUGAAGUAGCCGAGGCAGCGCCUCUUUUGGCUUCUGAAACUGUUGUUGCUCCGGAACCGGAAGCUCCACCACCCUCUGAGCCUGUCGUGCUUGAGCCUAAGGCGGCUCCAGAACCCGUGGCACCAGUGAGUGAACCAGAACCGUCAGUAGCACCCGAGGAGGCAUCAAUCCCGGUAACAGAGGUAUCAGUAGGGGCACCUGAGGUGACGGCUCCGCAACUCACCCCCGCCCCACAAAAGGAGCCGGCGCCGAUCCCUGCUCCUGCCCCUGCCCCUAUCCAGGUCCCCGCAGCGCCCAUGGCGGCCCCUCCACCCACCUUCUCCCCAGUCAAGGCUCCGGCGGCCCCUGCGCCCCAGCCGGCACCAUUCGGUGCUCCUGCUGGAGGCGUGGAUGUGAGGUCGCACAUUCCCAAGAAAGGUGGACCGUUCUUGUGGCCGCCGCCCAAAAAGGUGGAGACGGGGGAGGAGGGGCCCCGAACCCCGUCUUGGGCGCCUGCGGGUGCACCAGUUAAUGUUCCCAAACCCAAGAAAAUGGCUGGUCCUCUUCCUAAGAGACCUCCCCUCCUCCCCACUCCUCCACCUCCCAAAGAUUACGAUAGCAUAGUCAUACAGGCUUCCCCCUCUGCCGCCGCCCAGCCUUCCGCUGAUCCCAAAGCCCACCCCCUCGCUGCUUAUGCUUCUGCACCCGCCCCUGCCCCAGCCCCUGCACCUGCACCUGUUCCCGCACCUGCCCCUGCCCCUGCCCCUGCUCCUGCUCCUGCAUGCAAAAUUCCUGAAGCGAGCAAGGUACCUCAGCCAAUGGUUAACGGAAGCACGCCCACUGCUAAACCCGCUGGCUCUAAUGCUAUCCCCGGAUUCAAGCCCGUGGCAGCUCCCAAGGCAACUUUCCAAAAGAGUGGUCCUGCCCCGGGAGCUCCCUCGGUGCUUGCUCCUGCUCCUAUUCCUCCCCCAGCUUCCGUUCCUAUUGUUAACUCUAACCUGGCUCCAGCUCCCAAGCCUCCAGCCGCAGCAUUUGCACCAGUGCCAAAACCUGCAGCCCCCAAGCCCCCUGCUCCCACAGGCCCUGCUCCAGUAUUGCCUAAGCCUACGCCUCUGCCCAAUCUGGGUGGUGGUGCCAUGAAGGGCGUGGCCCAAACCAGCGGGCAGAAACCCGCCCCUCGCCGUGGCCGCGGAGUGAUGAACCCCUCGAACAGCACCAGGAUACCCAUGUGUGCUGACUGUGGCCGCCAGAUCAGGGGUCCCUUCGUGUCAGCGCUGGGCAAGACAUGGUGCCCUGACCACUUUGUGUGCUCCACUGGCUCAUGCCGCAAGGCCCUCAUUGACAUGGGCUUCGUGGAGGAGCAAGGAGCACUGCACUGUGAAGACUGCUACGAGAAGUACCUCGCCCCGAUCUGUGGAAAGUGUGACAAGAGGGUGAAAGGAGACUGUCUGAAUGCUGUUGGCAAGCAGUUCCACCCUGAAUGUUUCUGCUGUGCUUACUGUGGAAAGAUCUUCGGCUCUGGUGCCUUCUACUUGGAGGAUGGCCUGCCCUACUGUGAAGCUGACUGGAAUGACCUGUUCACCACCAAGUGUGUAGGCUGUGGCUUCCCCAUUGAGGCUGGUGACCGCUGGGUGGAGGCCCUCAACAACAACUACCACAGCCAGUGCUUCAAGUGCUCGGUUUGCAAAUCCAAUCUUGAGGGCAAGAGCUUCUAUGCCAAGAAUGGGAGACCUUUCUGCAAGUCCCAUGCUGGCCGCUAAAGACUCCAACCCUGGCAAUUUUGAUCUUUCUCUCUUUACCUUUUAAAUUUUGUCUGCUUCUUUUCUUUGUCCUGUAUGCCAUGUUAUCUGUGCUUCCCUGGAGACAAAUCACCCUUAGAAAUAUUAAUUCCUCAGUAGUAUUUAUGGGAGCACAGUGAACUUGGCUUUAAUGUUAGAGCUUUAUAGAGCUAGGAUGAAUAAUUGAAUGGAUAGGUCCUCUAGGCUUUCCAGUCUGUUGGAUAGUGACCGUGUUUCCUUGUGACCUAAUUCAGUGGUUUCAGAAACAGCUAUCUUACUCAUAGCUCAUUAGCUAAAACUAGACCUAAUCCUAGCUAGCAAGUUAUAUGUAUAAACCCAACAAACUGCUACACUGGCAACAGUAAUGAUAAUUAUAAAUAACAAUAAUAAUAAUAAUAAUAAUCAUUAUCAUCUUGACUGCAAUACAAUGUAACCUUGAAACAAUACAAUCUUGAACCUGUCCUGUCCUAAGGAGAUGAGGCUGGGAUGCCUGUCCUAACCUUCCUGUCAUUGGAAGACUAAGUCAUUCUCUCUCCUUGCAGCAAGGCACAACAUCACUUCUCUUGCACUUUCUUACCUUUACAGACAGUAGAGCUGCUCAUUAUUUGCAGCACAUCAUUAACUGACAUCUGUGUCUUAGUAGUAUGCAUUGUUAGUGUAGUAACUAGCCUCUAACCUGCAGAAAUGCCACAAGAACUUGGAGGGCCAGAGCUUCUUCGCCAAAGGUGGGAAGCCCUUCUGCAAGGCCCAUGCCCAGCGUGGUCUCUAAGCCACUUCACAUGGUCAACAGAUCCCCAUGAAACCCUCCGAAAGGGUCCUCCUGCUUCCUUCCACAGCCAACUCAACAGGAACAGCUUACAAAAGCAGCAGUACCAGCAGCAGCAUCACCAUCACCACCAUCAUGUCUCAACAACCAAUCAUGCACCACAGUUGCUGGACAAAGCAGGAGCAGCUUCCCUGUGCUAACAACACUCAUAAUCAUCUGCUGUGGUUAACAUGCUCGCUAUCAUACUGGCUGACUAAUUACAAAUAUUUAUUUGUUCUUCCGUGACAAGGUAUAUUGCCAGCCUUACAUGUAACUAAUGGUGCCUAUGCAAUAAUGGUGAUAAAAAUUUCAGUGCCUUGAGUUGAUUCUAGUAUAUGAUAGAAUAAGGAAACAUGAGCUUUACUGCAUAGUUUAAGAUUAAUCAGAGCCAGUAAAGUGUAGACAGUGAUGUCUGGCCUAACCCUCACACCUCUGCUCGUCAGGUUUUCGUUGCUUUUUGCUUGUGUUCACCUUCUUGAUGUUACUAUACUGUGUAACCACAAACUGUGCACACACCCUUGUCACAUGACAAUAUUGUAUAUAAGAAUUUAAUUAUAUCAGACAUAUUUAUCUUGACAAUUAUAAUAUGUAUGGUGAGAAUUCUUUAUCCCCAAGAGUCUUUUAACUUGGCUAUGCUUGCUUAGCCUCCUGAAUGCUGUGUGUCUCAUCUCUACCAUUUUCUCUUUUAUGUUUGAUGUUCAUAAGUUCAGCCUGCAUGAACUGGAAAGGGAGUUUCCCCAUGCAGCCUUGAACAGGGGCUGCUGCCAAGCUGGCCUCACCACAGAGCUGAGGCCUGCAUGGACUUGACAACUGUAUCAUGGAGGCUGAUCAUGAUGAAAAGUUUUAAAAAUAUACACUCUUAAAAAAAUGUCUUGAGUGCUUAUUGAUCUUCUGAUUCUUUCUUGCUCCUUCCUCUUAGGAAGGGAAAUGAAUAAAAACUAGACACAUA